AAACCAAAUAUUAAAUUCAAAAUUGUAAGAAGUAGGUAUUUAAAACUAAAAAAAAUGUCUGAAGAUUUUAUGAAAUGUCAACUAGGCUUUUUAGGAAACACCGAAGGCUCAGCAUAUUUAUCUCAAGGUAAAAGUACUGUUUCUGUGUCGGUUGUUGGACCAUUUGAACCCAAAGCUAGCAAAUGUAUGUACGACCGUGCUACUGUGGAUGUGACUUUUAGACGAAAAACUGGAAGCAUAACUGUUCAUGACAAAAUGUUAGAAGGUAUAAUGCAAUCAACAUGUGAAAAUUCCUUAAUCGUUGAACAAUAUCCCAGGACAACAAUUUCUGUAACAGUUCAAGAGAUGCAGGACAGAGGAAAUUUAUUGUCCACUUGCUUGAAUGCUUCUUGUAUGGCAUUGGUGAAUUCUGGUAUUGCUAUGCAUCAUUUGUAUGCAGCUGUGAGUUGUGCAGUCACUGAGAACGAAGAAAUCAUUCUUAAUCCAGACGAAUCUCAAAUAAAUUCUUCUGUCGCAUAUUUUACACUAGUGUUUGCAAACUCUGAAACCAGGUUUCUGUUAACAUCACAUACCACCGGAGAAUUUUCACAGAAAACAUAUAUGGAAUGUAUGAAUAAAUGUUAUGGAGCUAGUAAAGAAGUUUUUAAAUUUUAUGAAAAUGUCAUAAAAAAAAGUUAUAUUUUCAAUUAAAUGUCUAAUAUUUUACUG